CCCAUGUGUUGAUGAGAAAAUAGUAUAUCGUAAAAAGUAAGUGUAGCCUUUGCAUGCUAGGUUAGUGUGGCUGAAAAAGGGGUGCCAAGGAGCAGACCAAGAGAAAUAGCAAUGUCUAGAGAUAUUCCACCUGAGUUUUUGAUAACCAACUUCAAUGAUCGCAUUGCUGCCAUUGUUGAAAGCACAUAUCCAAACCUAUUGCAACACUACAAAGAUGAAGAUUUUCUACAAUGUAGGGCCAUUUUAGCAUCAACAAUUGAAGUGGCAGGUUCAAUUAAUGACUUCAUGUUGGGAUUAAUUCCAGGUGAUGAAAGGGAGUAUUUAAGUGCAGAUUUGAUUGAUCGAUCAGAAGCUAAUGGCAAUGAAGCAUUUGACGUAAUUCCAUCUGAGUUCUUAAAUUCUUUGACAACAUCAGGACUUCCAAAUUUCAAGAUCAAACUUAAAGUUGGAACUCCAAUAACGUUGUUAAAGGACUUAAAUCCAUCUGAAGGAUUGUGUAUUGGAACUAGGCUCAUUGUCACAAGGUUGGCUAAUUUUGUACUCCAGGCAAAGAUCAUUUCAGGCAAAAACAUUGGAAAUUUGACUUUAAUUCCUAGAAUAUCUAUGUCUCCUUUACAAUCACCAUGGCCUUUCAAGCUUAUCAGGAGACAAUUUCCUAUCGUUGUGUCUUAUGCUAUGACAAUUAACGAGUCACAAGGACAAUCUUUUGAUUAUGUGGGAAUAUACUUGCCUAACCCUGGUUUUAGUCAUGAACAAUUAUAUGAGGCAGUUUCAAGAGUCAAAAGUAGGCAUGGACUGAAAAUCUUAAUCAAUGACAAAGACAAACAAACUUUGGAAACUACAAGCAAUGUGGUUUACAAAGUUUUCCAAAAUAUUUAACCUGUAAGUGUUUACCCUCUCUUCAUUUUAUACUACUUAAUAUAAUGCUAUACAAAUUUACAGUCUACAAAGUCAACAACCAUAUGGAGAGGUACCAGUACCACCCCUUUUUAUUGCAGAAUUUUUUGAUGUGGACCUUCCAAGGAUGAAAUUGGUGUCUUUGUCUUCAAACAUGAUGAUUCAAACAGGACCAUAAAGUUUGCAGCUUGAUUGGAACUAUGUUGUUACUACAAUCGUUUCAUUUUAAGAGGCAUUUUGAUAUUUGAGUUUCUAAAUGUUAUAACAUCACAAAAAUGUAGCUUACAAUUCUAAUUGCAGACUAUGAUUUAUCUGCUUGAGAGUGGUAUUUCUAUUAUGCUGAUUAUAUUUUGUUGUGUAAUAUUGUACUAAUUCUGCAUGUAAUAUAAGCUUUUUAUGA